CAUCAAAUCAAAGCUCAUAAUAUAUAUACAUCUAGUGUUUGCAACAAGAAAUCAAAAAUCAAAAUUUGGCACAUACAAAGACAUGAAUGAUGCCACCAUGAAAGACGAAAGAGUAUGGUGUGUUCUCCACGACCCUUCUUCUUCUCAACCCUCUUAAACCAUUGUCUCUCGUUAAACUCUCUAAAACUCAUUCACGCCCAACUCAUCAAGCUUAGUCUCUGCAACACCAACACUUUUCUGGGCAAUCGUUGUCUUGAUCUUUACUCAAAACUCGGAACAAUUAAAGAUACCCUCUUCGCAUUUGAUGACAUACGUCACAAAAAUGUGUUUUCUUGGAACAUCUACAUGCGGGUUUUCAUAGAUUUUGGUGACAUUAAGUCUGCACGCCAAGUGUUCGAUGAAAUGCCUGAACGAGAUGUUGUGAGUUGGAAUUCUAUCAUUUCUGGGUAUUCUUAUAAUGGGUUUGGAUAUCAUGCACUUGGUGUGUUUGCUAAAAUGCACACGUCUGGAGUGACUCCAAGUGGACACACUUAUUCUAUAGUUUUGUCAUUAGUCCCCUCUGUUUGUCAUGGUAUGGAGAUUCAUGGGAAUAUGAUAACGAAAGGCGUCGCGUUAUCUUCGGUUAUUGUUGGGAAUUCUUUGAUUGAUAUGUAUUGUAAGCAUGGGUUUGUGGAUUAUGCUUUUGGUGUGUUUCUUGAUAUGAAACAAAUAGAUGUGAUCUCAUGGAACUCACUGAUUGCAGGCUGUAGUAAAUGUGGUCACAAAGAAAUAGCGUGUGACACGUUCCGUAAGAUGAGAACAACACAUUAUUCACCCGACGCGUUUACAGUAUCUUCGGUAUUGACUGCGUGUUCAGGGUUUCAAGAUUUACCAAAGGGUAGACAAAUAUUCUCUUUAUCGAUAAAAUCGGGCUUUCUUUCGAAUACAAUUGUUUCCAGUGCUGUUAUCAACAUGUUCUCAAAAUGUGAAAGUGUGAAAGAUUCGUUUUCCGUUUUCGAUGAACUUGGUUUAUGGGAUUCGGCUGUUUGCAAUUCGAUGAUUUCAACCUUCACUAACCAUCAACUUGAGGAGAAUGCGAUGCGUGUUUUUGUUCUUUCGUUGAAGGAACACAUAAAGCCGACCGAAUUCACACUCAGCUGUUUGCUUAGUUGUGCGUCGUUGUUUCUGCCGGAUGUACAUGGUACACAAUUGCAUUGUUUCGUUGUUAAAUUAGGGUUUGAACGUGAUCCCGUUGUUUCAAGCUCACUUAUUGAUAUGUAUAGUAAAUGUGGAGUGUGUGAUGCUGCAAAGAUUAUCUUUGAUCGAACGGAUAUAAAAGAUUUAGUUUCUUGGAACUCGAUGAUUUUCGGUUAUACUUACAAUGGAAAACCAGAAGAAUCUAUUGUGCUUUUCGAGGAGUUACUCAAAACGGGCCCACAACCAGAUGAAGUAACGAUGAACGGUGUUCUAUUAGCUUGUGUUCAUGGUCGUUUGAUCGAUAAGGGGUUAUCGUUCUUUCGUUCAAUGGAGAACAAAUACGGGGUCAAACCGACAGCCACACAUUUGACCUGGAUUUGCGAAAUGAUGAUCCACGCAGGUGAAGUUAGCGAAGCGAUGAAGAUAUUAACGACAAAGAUUCCUAAUAGACUCGAUGGUUACUUAUGUAAAUUGAUUCUUAGUUGUUAUGAGGUACAAGAAGACUUGGAGUUGACCGAACUAGUUGCGGAGAGGUUGGUCAAACUGGAACCGAUGUCUUUGUUCGCGUAUAUGGCGUUGGUUAAAGCGUAUGAAGCGAGGGGAAGAUGGGAGAGUGUGGCUCGAGUGAAGAAAGUUAUGAAAGAUAGAAAUGUUGCGAAAGUGGUAGGAUGCAGUUGGAUUGGCGUAGAUGGUUUGUUUGUUUUUAACGAAAAUGAAGUUGUUCAUCAUGGUGGAGAAGAUGUAUACUCAGCAUUGAGAUUAUUGAUGCAAGAUAUAGAAGAUGAAAGAUCUUGGGUAUGAAGACUGAAAGUAAAAGAUUAAAUUUCUUUAUUUUUUUCAAUAUGUACAACUUAUUUUAUAGUACAUAAGAGAGUAAAUCAAGAUCAGUUAAGUUGUGUUCUGAUUUUGUUUCCUCUCUUACUAAGUUAUACAUUUCUAACAAUGAGUUGAGCCCAAUGUCACUAGGUAGUCCUACUAAGGCCUCGUGCGGCGUCCUUGGUUGCUCAAGGGCUCAA